GAGAGAUAAAUUCGAUUUUAUUCCUCUGUUUUUGUUCUUCUAACUGUGCUCGGUACUCGUUGCAACAACAAUGGAGGACUCCAGACUGAAUGAAAUAGAAGAAGUUCAAGAAGAUUUCGAAGAUGAGGAUGAUGAAGAGGAAGAGGAAGAGUACGAGGAAGACGAAGUAGAAGAAGACGACGACGACUACGAACAAUUAGAAUACGAAGAUGAAGAAGACGACUAUGAAGAAGAAGAAUACCAAGAUGAAGAGGACUACGAAGAAGAAGAAGAAUACGAAGAUGAAGAAGAGUUGAUUCCGGCGCAGAUAACGGCAUCUACUGUUUCAAGUUCUAUUGCCGACGGUGGAACAUUGCAAGGGGCGGUGACGAUGCUGGAAAAUUCGAAUUCCUGUGAAGAAAAGCCGGGGAACCAAGAGAACAGUGAGGGCGAUGGAAGAAAGGAAUCGUUGAAUAGAGGCGAAAUUGAUGGUUUAUUUUGCCCUAUUUGCUUUCAACCUUGGACUAGCAGCGUCGAGCAUCAAAUCAGUUGUCUUCCCUGUGGGCAUAUAUAUGGAUUCUCAUGUAUCAAGACAUGGAUUCAACAAAGUCCAAAGUGCCCUCAAUGCAAGAAGUUGUGCACAUUGAAAGAUGUUAGGGUUCUUUAUGCUUCUAGGCUUUGUGUUGUUGAUGAAAAGUUACAGAAGAGAGUGCAAUUACUUGAAGCUGAAUGUGCUUAUUUAAAGCAGAAGAGCAUAUAUGAAGAUAUGCGUGAGGAGAUGCGAAAGCAAAUGAAUGCAAAAGCUGCAGAAAUCGAGGCCAAACUUCGAGAAACGCGUGAGGAAAUGGAUGCCAAACAAAAACUCACUGAUGCAAGAUUUGAAGCAAUGGAGAUGAUGUUUAACCAUAAGCAAAAUAUGAGAGGAAAUUGAACAUUUUAGUACAUUAUACUUUGAAAUUGAAUGUGA